AGAAGACUUGUACUUCGUCAAUGGCGAAGAAAGCUCUAUUGAUAGGAAUCAACUAUCCAGGAACAGCGGUGGAGUUGCGUGGAUGUGUCAACGACGUCCGUCGGAUGCAGAAAUGCUUAAUCGAACGUUACGGAUUCUCCAAAAAGGACAUCACAAUACUGAUCGACACAGACAAAUCCUGCAUCCAACCCACAGGCAAGAACAUCCGCCACCAUUUGGAAGAACUCAUCGACUUCGGGAAAUCUGGUGACUUUCUGGUCUUCCAUUACAGUGGACAUGGCACGAGACUUCCGCCUCCUGAUGACGAAUCAGGCGACUCUACCGGGUAUGACGAGUGUAUCACUCCUUCCGAUAUGAAUCUAAUCAUGGACGAUGAAUUUAGAAGUAUGGUGUCAAAGGUCAAAAAAGGUUGUCAACUGACGAUAAUCUCCGACUCUUGUCAUAGUGGUGGUCUCAUCGAGGAAGUAAAGGAGCAGAUCGGGGAAAGCCAUGUGAAGCCGAUCGAGGAAAACCAUGCGGAUCCACCAAAACCUGGGAUUGCUAAUUACUUGCUUAGCAUUCUGACGAGCUUUUUAGCGAUUUGUGGAAUCUCAAAAUCUCAGACGACAGACCGUGGCGGUGGCCAAGAAAGUUUUGCCGAGGAGUUAGAAUUAGAGACCGAUGAGACCUUUGAUGUAAAAACAAGAUAUAUACCUUUCCAUAUCUACGUAAGUCUUCUCAAACAAAAAACCGGGAAAACUAAUAUCCAAUCUGGGAGUCUAUCUACAUAAGCUUAUGGAGAGUUCAGUGAUGCUAUUCAGACGAUACUGUCGGAGACGAGAAAGGACAAGAAGAUCACGAACAAAAAACUGGUUAUGAGAGCUAGGGAGAUUCUCAAGAGACAUAGGUUUAGUCAACGGCCAGGUUUGUAUUGUCAUGACCGUUAUGUUAAGAAACCAUUUAUAUGCUAAAAACCCAUAACAAGUUCAUCAGAGAAUUUUGGUUUAAUGGUUUCUUCUUCUGUAAUUUAAGUUUUUUGAUGUAAACGUUUUCUUUUUGUUGGUGGGUUUGACUAAGCCCUAAGUGACUUGUGAUUCAAGUAAUGUACAAUA